AGGAAAGCUAUGGCACGCGAUGUCAUUGGCUGCUACCAAAAUCAAUAACAGUGAACCCGACUCAACCAGUGUUGUUCAAGAAAAAAAAAGUACUGUACCUGAAAUAAACAAAAAAAGAUGUCUUCUCCUGGAACACCUCGUCAAGCCCGUGCGACCACAGCACCAUCUUCUGGAAAUCGAAUGCACCAAGAUUUAUUCCAAAAACCCGUUCGUCCAAAAACUCUGGACAGCAAAAUAAAAUUCAGCGCUGACCCGUCCGACUCUGGACUCGAAGAAGAAGAGCCAAACAGAGCAGAACCAGAGACUUCUGGAACCCGAGAAGCGACAUCUCCAAAUCAAGCCUCUGCUGCUGCUGCUGCUGCAAUGAACGAUACUGCGCAAAACGAACCUUUCGACACGAUCGUCAUCCAAGAACCUGAUGUCCUCGUUAUCGACCCUGAUGCCGUGUCUGAAAAAGCAGCAAAGGAUGAUGGAAAACCAGAGCAAGAACCUGGGGAAGAAGAGGAACCUCGAGGUACAAGUCCGAGGCGAGCAGCGUCACCCAGUGCCAGAGAGGAGAAAGCCCGCGCCGGGCGGCUCCACCACCGCAGAGCCAAAUCCGCCGGCGAAAUUUCUUCAUUCGAUUUACCAGAUGUCGCUCCUUUUCUCACGGAACCUUCUCAGCGGACGCAGCCCAACGGGCCAUCAUCGAAGAAGCGGCAGCAGGGGAAAAUGCAUCCGCAGAAUGCGCCAUCGGGUCCCCGCAUUCCAAAGAAACUGCGUUCUAGUGACAGCCAAGCCCAGACUGCAGCAGAAGUGACCAAGGCUCUCACUGAACUCGACUCCACUUUCAGCAGUCGGUCUCUGGCCUUGCCUCCAAUCGGUCGACCUCGCAGUCGCAGCAUCGGGGACGUGUCCGAAGUUCGCCGCGUCCGCCAGUACAUCAAGCAUCACGGAGACAUCUAUACGCGCUACCGUUCUAAACGCCCGGCUCCUCUGCCGCUAGAUGACGCUACUACUGAAAAUAACGCGUCAUCCCGCGAAGCCGCCGCGCUUGCCGCGUUCCUCAAGCGAACCCGUCCGCGGGACACGCGUACUUGGGACGAAUUACCCGAAUCGGAUCAGAACGAGCUUAAGGACUUGUAUCUACGUCAACGACGCGCCGCCUACGACCGCCUCAUGCGACCCGUGCCCCGCCUCGUCAACGGAGGCGGAGCCUCACACGUAACUCCUCCUUCUCAGGCGUUCCAGGUCCCAGCAAUGCCUGCGAGACGCCGGCCCAAAAAGUUGCCGCGUCUGGAGAAACCCGCGGACAAGAAGAUUCUGAAGAAGGAGAAGAACAAGAAGGCAGCAAUGCCGGCAGAAAGCAGCGACGAAGCAGUGGGACAAAGUGCGAGGUUCCGACUGCGACCUCUGUUGCCCAGAACGGAGAUGAUGGUCCUGAACGAGCAGUUGCUGGACAAGGUGCCAGAGAACCAGUUGGACUCCUUGUUGCAGAACAGUCCCAAAGCAGGUACCACCAGCAUUGGACCCGCGAAACCUGGGGACAGAAUGGUGGAGGCAUACACGGAUUCCCGGAUCAUCACGCCGAAUCCCAUGGACAUUGAAGAUGCCAAAACACCAGUGGAAGAGAAAGAACCGGUCACAUUAAGCAAUGGCUGGGUUGUUCAUGGUGAACACGAGGACGAUGAAGAAAACGCGUGGGAAUCAGUACAGCGUCAACAUGGAGACGAUGUUGACCCGAAAGAGCAUUUAGACCAAGUAAGAUUCGAAGAUGAAGAACCCAAUGAAGGGAAGAAGGAAGAAGAAGAAGAAGAACCCAACGAAGGGAAGAAGGAAGAAGAAAAAGAACCCAACGAAGGGAAGAAGGAAGAAGAAGAAGACGACGACCAUGCUGAAAAGGAAGAGGAUGACCAGGAAUCGGAGACAGUCGACGAUGAAGGAGUUGAUGUAGACGAGAAAGACGCCAAAAAGGCCGAAAUGGCAAAGGAACAAGAAGAGGAAGAACGGGAUUACAACAAGCCUUUAACCCCGAUCAUGGAACAGGAGGACCCAACGGGUUCCGGACGCCAUUCCGUCACGUCCUUUACCCCCGGAUUAGCGAAUCGGGACGCGGACUCGGACUAUGGCUCCGCCUCCACGCUGCCGAGCUCCGCCCAACGAGACUUGAAACCCGCCCCGUUGGCGGCAGUAAGCCCCGAAGAAGCCGCCAUUCGAACUAGGAUUAGAGCCUUGUUUGAAAAGAAAAUCGGUGUUGGGCAUAAGAUGGACGAUGCCACGUUUUUCGGGUCGAACCUUUAUGGUGACUUGGGCAUGGAUCAGCUGGAUGUCACAGAGCUCGUCAUGGAAACAGAGAAAGAGUUCAAUGUCAACCUCCCACCUUACAGUAACAUUUACACCCCGGGUGAAUUUGUUGAACAGCUACUGGCCAUCCAGUGA